CAGAAGAGGCGAUUCCGUAGGCCAAUGGGGCCCGUGCGCCCCGAAGGAGCCCAGGUCGGUGGGUAGGGGGCCCCUGCGCCCUGACCCGAAGAAGGAGGAGGGUUCCGUGCGCCCCGAAGGUGCCAAGGUCGGUGGCCAGGGGGGCCCGUGGGCCCCGAAGAAGAGGGGGUUCCGCGCGCCCCGAAGGAACCGAGGGCUGUGGCUAGGGGGGCCCGUGCGCCCCGGAGGAGCGGGGGCCUGCGCCAGGGGAGGCUGCCGGCUGGGGGCCGAUCUGCGGGGCGGGAGGAGGCGGGGUGGCGGCGCUGGAAGGGGCGGGGGCGCAGGAACCACCUUGCGGCAGCGCGAUGGCCAGCGAGGCCGGCGAGCCGGCGGCCGGCCGGGCCCUGGCCCUGGCCCAGCUGAGCGACUCGGAGCUGGGCGGCUGCAGCAAGGAGGAGCUGGUGCGUCGGCUGCGGCAGGAGGAGGCGGAGAAGCUGGCGGCGCUGGUGCAGCGGGGGCGGCUGAUCCAGGGCGUCAAUCGGCAGCUGCAGGAGCAUCUGCGGGAGAUCCGCGAGCUGAAGCAGGUGAACGAGCGCCUGGCGGCCGAGAACCGCGAGCUCCGCGAGCUUUGCUGCUUCCUGGACGACGACCGGCUGAAGGCCAAGCGGCUGGCCCGGGACUGGCAGCUGUUCGGGCAGCAGGCGGCCCGGGUGCUGCGGGACGAGCUGGCCGCCUGCCUGCACAAGCUGGCCGGGCUGGAGGGGCUGCAGGAGCGCCUGGCCGCCGAUAACCUGGAGCUCAAGGCGCUCUGCCUGGCGCUGGAGGAGGAGUGCGCCGCCCGCGCCGACGGCAGCCCCGUGGGCUCCUCGGAGCUCAGCCUGCCCUGCGGGCCCCGGGACCUGGGCGACGGCAGCUCCAGCACCGGCAGCGUGGGCAGCCCGGACCAGCUGCACCUGGCCUGCUCGCCCGAGGACUAGAGACUCCCCCGAGCGGGUGGGGGGCCAGGACCUACCCGGACUAGGGACCUCCCCAGGGGCCUGUCCCCAGGACUGUACUCCCCCAAGGGGCCGGAGGGGUGGGGGCCCCCCGUCGAGGGAGCUGCUCCCCAGUGACUUCACCACUCGCCUCCACCGGAAGGACUGGAGAGUAGAGGCAGGCUGUUGGUGGGGGUCUCUCCCCUGGGUCUGGGGAAGGGGUUUUGCAGAGGAUGGGGGGGGAAGGUCACCUCCGUGAAGAUCCCAGUGCAGACUUUGGGGGGUAGGGAAUGGAGCUGGGAACUGGGAAAGGUCAAAGAUGCAUUUUGGGUGCUACUCCCCCCACCCAAGCAGCGUCUCUCUUAGCUUCUUCAGCAACCUCUUCCCCCCCCACCCCCAGGUGCUAACUCCAAACCCCGUGCAGCCAGAGCAGUGUGACUCAGGGGACGGGGGAGAUUAGGGCAAACUCUCCCCCCCCAAAAAAAGUAAAAAAUAAUAAAUGUUUUAAAAUUGCUACUUUGGGCA